GGGGUGCGAGUUACUAGUACUCCCAGUUUCGACUCGGACUCGGACGGAGCUCUCAUGUCCCCGGUACUGGAAGUAUGAAUACAUACUAGACUGUCCAGCGAUAGUCUCCAAACGAUGAUCGCGUCGGCGUCUGUGCCGUUUCACUCGGCAUCGCUGUAUGUUGGCGACCUUGCUGCUGAUGCUUCUGAGGUACGUUGUGCAUACCUUGACGUUAUUAGUGUAUUUCGCAGGGCCUGCUCUUUGAGAUCUUCAACACAGUUGGCCCUGUUGCAUCCAUUCGUGUUUGUCGCGAUGCAGUAACACGUCGAAGUCUAGGCUAUGCGUACGUCAAUUUUCACAACGUGUCAGAUGCUGAAAGGGCAUUAGACACAAUGAACUAUACGCUGAUCAAGUCUAAACCAUGUCGAAUUAUGUGGUCGCAACGAGACCCUACGCUGAGGAAAUCGGGGGUGGGCAACGUCUUCGUAAAGAAUCUUGACGCCUCCAUUGAUCACAAGGCCUUGUUUGACACUUUUUCGUUGUUUGGAAACAUCUUGUCAUGCAAAGUGGCCACAGAUGAGACUGGGCAGUCACAAGGAUAUGGUUAUGUGCACUACGAGUCCGAGGAGGCCGCAACUGAUGCGAUAAGCAAGAUAAACUCAAUGACCAUAUGCGACAAGGAGGUGUACGUUGGUCACUUUGUGCGGCGUACCGAACGGUCAGGUCAAGCAGAUUGGACAAAUCUUUAUGUGAAAAAUUUCCCCGCUGAAUGGGAUGAGUCCAAUUUGCGCAAAACAUUUGAACUGUAUGGAGCCAUUACCUCGUGCAAAGUACAACCCCUUAGGAUUUCAAUCAAGCCAAAGGCUGAAGAGACCGUUGGAGCAAAGGAAGCAACAUCCGCGGCACAAGAAGCAAUGGACGAGGCCAAGCACACGCGUCACGACGCUGGUGAGGAGCUGCCGCCUUCUGUGGCGAGAAGCGGUUCCACGGCUACAUCAAUUGAUGUAAACUCAGGAGAGUCAGCUUCACCAACUGAAGUAUCUGCCUUCGGAUGGGUUAACUUUGAGCACCAUGAUUCUGCUGUUGCUGCCAUAGAGGCGCUCAAUGGAGCAAGUGAGUUGCCUCAAAAGGAGAGCGGCUCCACGAUACAUCUCAAAGCUCCGCUCUUCGUUGGUCGAGCGCAGAAAAAAGUUGAGCGCGAGCGCGAACUUAAGGCCAAAUUUGAUGCAGCUAAGAUAGAACGCAUCAAGAAGUAUCAAGGUGUAAACUUGUUUGUCAAGAAUCUAGAUGAUGCCUUAGAUGACGAUCAGUUGCGGGAACAUUUUGCGGAAUUUGGCACAAUAACUUCUGCGCGCAUCAUGCGCGAACCCGCCUCUGGUACUUCUAGAGGUUUCGGGUUUGUGUGUUUUUCAUCACCUGAAGAAGCUGCCAAAGCCGUCACUGAAAUGAAUAACAAGCUGGUCCUCGGUAAGCCAAUUUUUGUUGCGCUAGCACAGCGCAAGGAAGUGCGUCGCGCUCAGUUGGAGGCUCAACACGCACAGCGUCGGACCCCUGGCCCCUAUGGUACACACCCUGGUACCCUUGGACCUGGUGGUGUACCAAGUCACGGGCCUCAGGGUUUGCAUCCGGCACAUCUGGCUGCGCCGUACGGCGCCGCAAUGCCUAUCAUGUACGCUGCAGGUACACCUGGCGGUCACCCUAUGGGAAUUCCCCCCCAAGGCCACCCAGGCGUUCCUAUAUCGAGUGUCCCGCCAAACGCUCGUGGCUAUGUUAUGGCUCGCGGCUCACCUAGGGGUCCAAUAGCAGAUCCACGGACAGGCUUUCACGGAGGUGGGCCUCGUCAGGGAGCAUACCCAAUCCAUCCCGGACAGAUGCAGCAAAUGGGAGGCCAGGGUAGUUCCAAUAGACGUUCUCGAAACAGGGGAGGACAGGGCGCGCAAGCUCAGGGGGGUCAGCAGUACAAGUACACACAGAAUGCGCGCAAUGCCGCCAACAUGGCUCCUAGUAUGACGCAACUUCCGCCUCAGGCCCAUCUUAUGCCUCCCACUGUCGGUCAACAGCCUGGACAAGGUUUUCCUGGUGGUCCUGGAGUGGCACCACCUAUGCCACCACCAUUGCCCCUCCAACAGCCCAGUGCGUCUGGCUCUGGACAAUCGCCGCGACGCCCCCCUGAGGACCCACUUACAUUGUCAGCCCUUGCCAAUGCCUCCCCAACACUCCAGAAGAACAUGAUCGGCGAGCGCCUUUAUCCCCUGAUCCAUCACUCUCAACCUGAGCUAGCUGGCAAGAUUACUGGCAUGCUACUUGAGAUGGACAACUCCGAACUUUUACAUCUUCUCGAAUCACCAGAUGCUUUACGAAUGAAAGUAGCAGAGGCCCUCGAAGUGUUAAAGCAGCAUCAGGCGCAGCUCCAGCAGGUGUCUCGCGAGGACUGAUUUUGGGCCAAUCAAAAUUACUUGAUCCAUGGGUUUAGAAUAUUACUGAGGAUAUGGGAGCUCAGUUCUCGGGCCGAGCCCUGGUCGUGCCACUGCAGCGGGGGGGGGGUUAUUUUGAGGUUGUCUUACAAGCAGUGCGCAGCAGGGGGAAUUGAAAUGGAGCCCGGGUGCCAGUGCCACAAUGUCCAAUUCCCGGGCCAACCUUGGGUUCCCCGGCGGCAGCAUUUGAGGGGACUUGCAGCAUCCGCCAAUAAAAGUGACUCAGGAUGAAUGUAUCAUAGUUAGGAGUGGGAGGCGAUCAUGAUUUCCCCCUAUAACUUGAAG